CUCCUCACACUGCACUUUCAGCUUCUGCGGGACAGCUGAGUCUGCGUUCUUGCGCAUGCGCUGCGCAGCCAUCGGAGUAUGAGGAGCAGCUAAGGAGCAGAUGCGGAGAUGAAGACUCCACCUGACCGGUCGGGGAUCACCUUCGAAGUGGGAGCUCAGCUUGAGGCUCGGGAUCGGCAGAAGAACUGGUACGCGGCCACCAUCGAGAAGAUCGACUACGACAAGGAGCGGGUUCUGGUCCACUACCGCCAGUGGAGCCGGCGCCACAACGAGUGGUUCCACUGGAGCUCGCCGUACCUGCGGCCGCUGGAGCGCGUCAGCCUGAGGAGGCAGGGCCUGAACGCGCAGCAGAGUCCGCCGGUCUUUGUUUCGGGCUCCAAGGUUCUGGCCUGUUGGACCGACUGCCGCUUCUAUCCGGCAAAAAUCCUCAAAGUCAACAAAGACGAAUCCUACACGGUGCGGUUCUACGACGGCGUGGUUCAGACGGUGAAGCCCACCAAGAUCAAACCCUUCCAGGAAAGGUCGAGGUCUGAGAAGAGCGCGGUGGGGAGCGAGGGAUGGGAGGAGGGAGAGAGCGAGGAGGAGGAGCAGAACCCUAAAGGAGAGGAAGGAGAGGAGCAGCAGCAGGAGGAAGAGGAGGAGGAGAAGGGAGAAGAGGAGACAUCAGAGGAGAAGGAAGGAGCUGAGGAGGAGGAGGAUGAGGAGGAGAGGACAGCUGAACCUUCAUCCUCCCAUUCACCAGCGAAGAAGAAGACAGAAAACAACAGAAGCGAUGGAGUCCAGAAACAACCAAUCACAGCAGACUCCAACAUGGCGGCCGUCCCUAACCCCGCCCACAUCGACAAAGACGUCCUGAUGGAGCGCCAGGCUCACCUUCCCACCACGCACAAGUUCAGCAGAGAGCCACUGUACAGGGUGAUAAAGAACCAGCCUCCUCCCAUUCUCUCCAUCGAGCUGGACCACAACCCCUUUAAGUGUCCGGCCCCCGGCUGCUCCAAGUCCUUCAGGAAGGCCAGCCUGCUGCACUACCACAUCAAAUACUACCACUCAGACCAGCAGCUGGACGCCGGCGCCGAGCCCGAGGCCUCCAGGAGGAAGAGGUCGGCGUCCGAAGGAGGCGACUUCCCGUCCAGCAAGAAGGCCGAGAUCCUGACCGGCGGCUGUCGGCGCGACGACAGAGAGCAGAGCAUCAUGGGAACUGGUGGGUCCGAGCUCGGCCGCUCUCCAACAGACGACCGCAGCGCAAAGGGAGUCAGCUCCUCGUUUCUGUUCCCAGAGCUGAAGAAGGAGGAGCGGAAGGAGAAACUGGGAGGACACGACAGGAAGGACAGGAAGCACUUCCUCCGAGUCAAACUGAGGAAGAAGAAAAAGAAGAAGAAGAAGAAGAGGAGUCAGUCAGCGGGAUUCGGCAGCAGCGACGAUGAGACGCCCGACCGGCCGCCCCUCACGCUGAAGCUGGCGCAUUCUCAGGUGGACGACGGCAGCGACUGGUCAACGCUGACAGCCGAGAGCGGCGAGGACACGCCCUGGCCGCUGGCCAUGGAGACGGACGACUGUGAAGUGGUGAGGUGCGUGUGUGAGGUGGACGAGGAGAACGACUUCAUGAUUCAGUGCGAGUCGUGUCUCUGCUGGCAGCAUGGCACCUGCAUGGGUCUGUAUGAAGACAACGUUCCUCACAACUACAUCUGUUACUACUGCAGACAGACCUCAGGUUGGAGGCGGGCCCAGCGCUUCCUCUCCGAACCCGACCUGCUCCUCUCCGGUCACAUGUUUGGCCUGUCCUGUGUGAAGGAGAACUACUCGGAGGUCAACGCCUCCAAGAUCUCCCACACCAGCCACCUGCUGGCCCAGACGCACGCCCUCCAUCAGGUCCUCAGCGGGCUGCAGCUGAAGAUCAGCCUGCUGCACUCGCCGUCCCACCCCGACCUGCAGCUGUGGAGGUCCUCGUGGAGGCAGGAGGAGGCGAUGAAGCUGACGUCCGGCCAGAAAGACGAGCCUCCCGUCUGUUACGUCAGCAGCGAGCACUGCUACCAGAAACCAGAGGCAUCAUGGGAAACGGCUGAGGAGAUGCUGAUGAUGGUAGACGCCGGGGAGAAGGAGGCGAAGCCUGAAGACCUGAGGACACCGGCGUCUCUCAGCACCAUGACGCCCUCAGACAGCCACAUCAUCCUCAGCAUAAAACCAGAGAACGACGCAGACGAGGAGGAAGUCGACCUCAGACCGGCGUCGGCGUCUGUGGCUCAGUGUCGGCUGAACCUGCUGGAGCACGUCGAGUCGCUCCACCACCAGAUCAGCGCCAGGAUGGACCUGAUCGAGCGAGAGCUGGACGUUCUGGAGUCCUGGCUGGACCACUCAGGCGAGCUGGAGCCGCCGGACCCUUUGUCCCGCCUCCCGCAGCUCAAACAGCGAAUCAGACGUCUGCUGAGUGACCUGUGCACAGUGAGACGGCUGGCGGUCUGCCGCUGACCUGAAGCUCAGGCCACUGUGGCAGAACCUUUAGGAAGCGAGUGGAAAGCCGGACGCUCUGUGAGUUGUUUCUGAACUGGAGGAACAUUUUUUUCUACAGAAUGAUUGAACCAGGGCUUUUGAAACUGGGUCCAGCAGAACUCCAUAAUGUGUCCACUGAUGGGCCCGGUACCGGCGCGCAGAACGGAGCCGGGUCAGUUCAGGCGCGAGCGCAGAUCCUUUUGUAAUCCAGAUUUUGUAAUUGCACUAAUGUUAAUACGGACUUGUAAUUAUUAUUUUUUUUUUGCCUGUUUUUGUAAUUUCAAAAAGACGAAAACAGCGACGAGUGUGUUUUUAAAGUUCGUUCGCACCACAAAGUGUUUCUUUCUGCCCAGCAGAUGUUUCUAAAAAAACAGCAGUUUUUUUUUUUUUUUUCCAUCCAACCGUAACCCCAGCAGCGUGAUUUCUUCCAGUUAACAGCCAGAGCCGCGCUCCUGGCUGGCGGCCUGCAGGGGGCGCCGCCUGUCAGCGCAGGGGGAGCGGCGCUCAGCAUCAGACCACAGGCCAAAUGUUAGCGGGUCACUGGAGCAGAUGGCUCCGCUGUGGGUCGGCCGGGUCAGAAUGGAUCAGAACACGUUUAGAUGGAAGAUCAGGACGGAUUUUAAUAACAGCUUUAACUCUUCAGACCUUCAGAGAGAAGAUGACGGACCGAUUAGCCUGAAUCUUUCCCUGUUUUCUGCUUUAUUUCCACGUUUCCUGCUGGAGUUUCUCCGUACGAAGCGAAGACGAGGUUUUUCUGGCCUGGAAAUCUAUCCGAUCCUGAAGGUCCCUUCUUUAGUAGAAUCUGUUCAACAGAUCUCCAGACAAUCUAAAUGGUUUUCCCUGAUAAAUAGCUUUUAUUUAAACUAGCUUCCAGUCCAGGACGGGUUCUAGUGGAGCGUCCGGUACCGGCUCAGUGCUGCUGACUGUCGCUCAGACUUUAUGCUCCGGUCAGGGAAACUUUCUCCUUCAGAGGCAACAGUUCAGGAGUUCAGAGCCGGAUCACAUUUUUUUUAUCAUAUAAAGUUUUAUAGUUUUUUUUUUUUUUUUUUCUUCAGAACACAGUUUAACUUAUUUGGGUUUUUCUCACUCUGACGUAUCCCAGCAGCGUGACGAUUGAAAUCGUCUGUAUAUUUUUCUUUUUCUCUAAAUUUUUACAGCGCUUUUUGCCAUUUUAAACUGAUAUUUACUGUUAGCAAACCUUUAAAAAACCUUUCUACAUGUUUUUUUUUAAGUUGCAAUAACCUGAUUUCAUAAAUGUGCCACAAACUAAAACCUUUUGAGGCGGCUCCAGUCUUAUUUUCUGGACUCCAUCAGUAGACGAUAUUCUGACUUUGUCACAUUUAUCCUCUCCUCCUUAUAAAGGAUCCUGAAACCCAUCAGACUAGAGGACGCGUCUUCUCCUCGGCCCUCUGUGUGCUGGGAUUUCUCUUUGUCUUCAUCCUUUAGCGUCCCUGAAGGUGUUAGGCCCACUAAUAUUUGGAACCGGACUAGUUCUGUCCUGCUUUCCACCAGAAGAGCAGAAACCCCCUCAGCAUGUUAGGCUGGGGGGUUUCUGGUGUUUCUCUGCAGAUUAUUUGGAGUUAACAAAGUUUAAAGUCUGCGCCCAACCAGUAAAUGUUUCAUUUUAGCCUCGCCUGGAUGUGCUCUUCACAGGAAAAGGCAGCCUGACUCCUUAUGUGGAGAAAGCAGAUGGUUUUUGUCAGGCUGGAAACUCCUGCAGCUCCUUCAGGGUUCCCCAGCAUCUUGACCAGAUUCUGUUUUUAACCCGUUUGGGGGAAAUCAGCUAAACGCUGCAAACGCAAAGAAAAUCCCAACAGCCGAUUCUUUGUGAUUGAUAACAGGUACCAGUAACGCUGCAUCCUGAAACCUAAUCAAAAUAUGCUUCACCAGAGCUUUUAGUUUAAACGUUCUUUUUUUUUUACACCACUUCUCCAAGCUGACUGGCUUUCAGGUAAAUUAAACAGGGUAAUUAUCAGUAGUGAACGUUCAGCGUAGAGCAAAGCUGCAAGUCGAUGCAUUUGAGGCGAAAUGUGUCCGCCAACAGAUCUAGAGGAGGAAAAAGAAGCUGCUGCCUCAUCCGUCUCAGUUCAGCCGAUUAUUACAUGGGAAAGAUUCUGGUUUAAAAGGAAAGAAAAAAAAACAUCAAAUAAAAAUGAUGUUCUGAGUGAAACUUGAUCCAUGUUUGGAUGAUUUUAACUAUCCAGUUGUGCUUGCAGCUCUUUAACCACUAAGAAACAACAGAGAAGCUGCCAUGUUGCUUUUUAAGGAUCCCACUUUAACUUCUAGUUGCAACUAAAACCUGCUAAUCAGCAGCGAAAGCUUCCAGCUGUAGCUUUUCAAAGCUCCCGGCUUAGACUCUGUGUUUUUUGACUCGUUUUAGCGUUUUUUAGAUCGGUGCUCUAUUAGAUUCCCUCUCAGAGGGAGCAGAUUCAGUGGUUUUAUGUUAUUUUACUAAACUAAAAAAAAACGCUUUAUUUCAGUUUAGUGUCCAGAGAAGAAAGCUGCUGGUGCUGAUUCUCUUCUUCCUCGGCCGUGUUGCAACACGAGCAGCUUUAAAAUGUACAAAUGUUGCUCUGAAUCUUUUCACGCUUGUAUUUCACGCUGUACAAACCUGUAGAUUUAUUUAGUUCUGAGUCCAAGAUGAAAGUUUUUUGAGAAGAAAUUAGAUUUUUUUUUUUCUUCCUGGAAAAUAAAGCAGUGGGGUGUACUGAA